AUGAAACCAGCACUGGCAGUUGAGCCCUUGAAUAAAAUACAUAUUAUUCCGCAACCAGCUAUAAAUGAAUCAUUAUGCAACAGUAGUAGUACCACUUUAAAUAAUGGUACUGACCUUUUAGAUAAAGUGUGGCCUGCCAACAACAAAAAUAAAGAAAAUGAGGACUUUAUAUAUGCUAAAGAUAUAAUACCUUUAUUAGAAGAAAUGAAUAAACUACAUGAUGAUAAUAGACGCAUCAUAGAUGAUAAAGUUUUCGCAUUGUUUAAAAAGUUUGUAGUGGGUAAAGAAGAGCAUUUAAAAAUAUAUAAGGAUGAUUUCUUUAGUUUGUAUCAUGAUAUUACUGGCGAUUCGUUUGAGACUGUACUGACCAACAACGACGAUAUUAAUAAUAUUGGUUCAAAUAAGUAUAAUCCUGCUAUAAAUGUUAUUAAUAAUCCUACCGCUCUAAAUAAUAAUAAUAAUAAUAAUAGUAGUAGUAGCGUGAGCCCCAUACUAAGGAGUCCAUUUUCUGUAAAAAUUAAAAGGAUGAGUGUCGAUUUAACAGAACUAAGCACAAAUAUUUUAAAUGGUAAAAACAACAAUGGUUUGAGACCUCUAAGCAUACCAAAUAAAGAAAAUAACAUUGAAUCUGAUGGUAAACAAACAAUAAAAAAUAGGAUAUCUCCAUCGUCCAUAUCAGAAGAAAAAAAAAUAAGAAGAAGAAAAAAAAGACAUAAUAGUACUGAUGGUGUAUUUGCUAUGCCCUCUUAUCAAAAUGUUGAGACCACAAAAGAAUCAUUACAACAACAGUUAUUCAUUAAAGAUACUACGAUAAAACAAUUGCAAAGUAAAAUCAAUGAUUUAGAAGAGUAUAAAACAAAAUAUUUUUAUAUACAAAGAGAAUUUGAAUUUUAUAAAAAAUUAUCUAAUUCAUCACCUGGUAAAAAUAGUGAUGAUAUACCACUUACCACCGACGCAGAUUGUUCCUAUGUUAAUAAAAAAUUUAUAGAAGAAUUAACCGAUAAAUUACAAGAACAAUAUAGUAUUAUACAGGAUUUGCAACAAAAAUUGGAUGUGCCGGAUUCAAGAGUUAAUCUAAAUAAAAUUGAACGUAACAAUAACAUAAUUGACAAUGUUUUUAAUUUUGUGAUUUCUCAUUUUACAGUUAAGAAGAUGAAUUGGGAUUUUUACAAUGAUAACGAAUACUCAUAUUUACUAAAAAAUUACAUAGUCACCCCACUUUUGAUUAUUAUUGCUUUAUCGUUUCUAGUUUUUUUAACAAAAUUAUAUUUAUUUUUCAUGAAUAAAAUGGGCAAAAACGUUUUUGAACAACAUAGCUAUAUGGAAUCACACUUAACGUUGAAAUGGUGGGAGAAAUCAAAACUCUUAAGCAAAAUAUAUUGGUGGAAUAAAGACUAUUUCUCGAAAAAAAGUGACUUAAAAUACUAUGAGGAAUUUGACAACUCAAAGUAUACUGAUUUGUUUAUCUGA